AUGGCCUGUGCGCUGAUGCCCAUGUGCACAGUCAAGCUUCUAUGGAGUCCGUUAUCAUCCAGCGUCCUGCCAGCUGUCGUCACUCUCCUGCUCUGCGGGCAGCUUCUCGCGGCGGAAACUGGCAGUGAGGCCGCAGCCGGCAGCUGCCCAAAGGCCCCCGAGAUUGCCAAUAGCCACGUGGAGUACUCGGUUCGCUAUCAGUGUGACAAAUAUUACAAACUGCGUGCUGGAAAUGGGGUGUAUACUUUUAACAAUAAGCAAUGGAUAAACAAGGACAUUGGACUGCAACUCCCUGAAUGUGAAGAAGAUGUCAGCUGCCCAGAGGCCCCCAAGAUUAAAAAUGGCUACGUGGAGUACUCGGUUCGCUAUCAGUGCAAAACCUAUUACAAACUUCGCACCGAUGGAGAUGGAGUGUACACCUUUAACAGUAAGAAGCAGUGGAUAAAUAAGAACGUUGGACAGCAGCUCCCUGAAUGUGAGGCAGUGUGCGGCAAGCCCAAGCACCCAGUGGACCAGACGCAGAGGAUCAUAGGUGGGUCGCUGGAUGCCAAAGGCAGCUUCCCCUGGCAGGCCAAGAUGGUCUCCCACAAUAACCUCAUCUCAGGAGCCACGCUCAUCAAUGAACGAUGGCUCCUCACCACAGCUAAAAAUCUCUACCUGGGUCACACUAGUGACAAAAAAGCAAAGGACAUCACUCCUACUUUAAGACUCUAUGUGGGGAAGAACCAGCUUGUAGAGGUGGAGAAGGUGGUUCUCCACCCUGACCACUCCAAGGUAGACAUUGGGCUCAUCAAACUCAGACAGAAGGUACCCGUCAAUGACAAAGUAAUGCCCAUCUGCCUACCUUCGAAAGAUUAUGUGGCGGUGGAUCGUGUGGGUUAUGUGUCUGGCUGGGGGCGAAAUGAAAACUUCAACUUUACGGGGCAUCUGAAGUACGUCAUGCUGCCUGUGGCUGACCAAGAUAAGUGUGUGAAGCACUAUGAGGGCGACACCGCGCCUAAAAAUAAGACAGCUACGAGCCCUGUAGGGGUGCAGCCCAUUCUGAAUGAGAACACCUUCUGCGUCGGCCUGUCCAAGUACCAGGAGGACACCUGCUAUGGUGACGCCGGCAGCGCCUUCGUCGUUCACGACCAGGAAGAUGACACCUGGUAUGCGGCCGGGAUCCUGAGCUUUGACAAGAGCUGUGCUGUGGCCGAGUAUGGUGUGUAUGUGAAGGUGACCUCCAUUCUGGACUGGGUUCGGAAAACCAUUGCUAACAACUAA